AUGCACAACUGUCUUCGAAUCCUCGAAAUUUGUCACCAUAUUUUUGGUUUCUUGGUGGUUGACUUCAUUGAAAUCUGCGCUGUUCGCUACAAUGACGUUGCAAGACUUGCGAGGACAUGCAAGGCGUUCAAGGACCCAGCGCUUGACGUUCUCUGGCGGACGCAGUCUUCCCUGAGCCCUCUUGCGAUGUGUUUGCCUGCUCACCUCUGGGCUAUAGAGGUAGAUAGGGGCAUCAGUGUCCUGAGUCUCCUGCAGGAACCUUCGCAUGAGGACUGGCUGAGCUUGAAAAGAUAUUCUCGCCGAAUCCGAGCUUUUGACCGCAACACACUACAUUUAACUCAAGUCUCGAAGAAUACCUUGCACACUUUUUUCUCGACCAGCCUAUCUCACGAGCUUUUUUCGUCGCUUCAUACUCUGAACGCUAAUGUCCUCUGCGGAGAGCUAAAUCCAAUCCCGUCCCUCGAUCACAUCCGUUUACCCCAACUGGUUUACCUGCGCACCAUCACCCUCCCUCGUCAUGUGGAUAUCUUACCUAGUAGUCUGCGCGAGUUGAUCCAUUUGCAAUAUUUAUGCAACUUAACGGUGACUUUACCCGAUGGAUUCGAUGUCAACGAUAGAUCCGAUGUUGGUAUAUAUCCAUCCGCGCAACCGAUACUCCCCUCACUCCAACAUCUAAGUGUCCUCGCUACCUCUCUAAAGCGUUGUUUCAGCUUGCUUUCUUCUAUCACUUCAUACCAACUUCGCUCUGUUGAGGUUUGCCAUCGCUGGCCUGCCACCCAGAGUGACCUCUACACACUGUUCCAAGAGAUCGAGCGCAUUCACGAACGCUCUCCAAACUUUUACACGCUCAGCGUGCGGUGCUCAAGCGCCCAAACCGAACUCACUUCCUUCGACCUCCCGCAAUCGACACUGACACCCCUCCUUGCAUGUCGCCGCUUGCGCGUUCUCAAACUCGACUCUAUCGGUACGCUGAAUAUCGGUGACGCCUUCAUCACACAGGUCACGCUUGCGUGGCCUGAUAUCGAGGCUCUAUACCUGGAAGGAUUCCAACAGAACAAAGCAUGUGUAACACUGGAAGGCAUACGUGAACUCUUGCAAGGCUGCCGACAGCUUUCCUCGCUCUGUAUGGCCAUCAAUACGAGGAUUCUGCCUGAGGAAGAUCCGGGCGUGCGUUCAUUAUCUCUUAAGAAGUUGCGCAUCAUUCCCUCUUGUAUGGGAGAUCGGAGCGCGAUAGACCGAUAUCUUAGAAUUCUCGCACCAAGGUUGGAAUCAUUGCGCCUGAAGUAG